AUGGGUGUCACAAUUGCACAGACCAAUCUCGAUGGGAUUCUUCCACUGAUCGCCAGAGGUAAGGUGAGAGACAUUUACGAAGUUAACUCUCAGACUUUGCUCUUUGUGGCUACGGAUCGUAUGUCUGCCUAUGAUGUUAUCAUGGAUAACACGAUCCCCGACAAAGGUAUUCUGUUGACCAAAUUGUCUGAAUUCUGGUUUCAGUUCCUGUCAAAAGACGUACGCAAUCAUUUAGUGGAAAUUCCAGCUGGUAAAACCAUUUUCGACUUUUUACCAAAGGAAUUGAGUGAGGCCAAGUACAAGGAGCAAUUGGCAGGCAGGUCUCUAUUGGUUCACAAGCACAAGUUGAUCCCUCUGGAAGUUAUCGUUCGAGGCUAUAUCACUGGGUCCGCUUGGAAGGAAUACACCAAGAGCGGGACAGUUCACUCACUUGCGCAACCAGAGGGCUUGCAGGAGUCCGAAGAAUUUCCCGUUGCCAUUUUCACUCCCUCUACCAAGGCAGAACAAGGCGAUCAUGACGAAAAUAUUUCCCCAGCUCAGGCCGAAGAACUGGUUGGUAAGGACCUAUGUAAGAGGGUCGCAGAAUUGGCCAUCAACCUUUACACGAAGGCUAGAGAGUAUGCCAAGACGAAGGGUAUCAUCAUCGCCGACACUAAGUUUGAAUUCGGUAUUGACGAGAAAACAGAUGAAAUCAUUCUAGUUGACGAGGUGCUCACUCCAGACUCUUCUAGGUUCUGGAGUAAGGCUACUUACCAGUUAGGCAAAUCCCAGGACUCUUACGACAAGCAAUUUUUGAGAGAUUGGCUGACCUCCAACAAACUGGCCGGCGUCGAGGGGGUGAAGAUGCCAGAUGACAUUGUGGAAAGAACAAGAGCUAAAUACCUCGAAGCCUUUGAGUCUCUCACUGGUUCGAAGCUUCAGUGA